GUUCGUUCCCCGCCAGUCCCCGGGAUCGCUGCGCUGCGCUGCCCUGCGCCCCCGCCAGCUCCCUGCGCCCACGGCCGCGGGGGAACGGACGCGGGCCGCUGCGGGCCCUCCAUCCCGGGGCGGCCGCCUCCCUCUGGCGCGGGGAGGGCCGGGGCCACUAGCGGAGCGGAGCGGAGCCCGCCGGCCGCGGGAUAUGGCUGCGGAGGGCCGGCGGCUGCGCGGGCCCCGGGCCCGGGGGGCGGCCGGCCGCUGAAGCCUAGCGCUGCCGGAGGCGGGGGCUCUGGACCGCCCGCCUGCGGGGCCCACCGCGCCCAGGCUAGCAGGAGCAGCCCGGGGGUCUGGCACGGCUUUUUGUCUCUCCUCCCUUGCGGAUUCGCAGAGCCCCGGGAGCCGCGCCCCCCCCGCCCGCUUGGCCAGUCCCAGACCCUGCGCCCCGGCCGGCAUGGAGACGGUUGAGAAAGAGUGCGGGGCCCUAGGGGGCCUCUUCCAGGCCAUCGUCAAUGACAUGAAGAGCUCCUAUCCCAUCUGGGAAGACUUCAAUUCGAAGGCCACUAAGCUACACUCUCAGCUCAGGACCACGGUCCUGGCUGCAGUUGCUUUCCUGGAUGCCUUCCAGAAAGUGGCUGAUAUGGCCACCAACACCAGAGGGGCCACAAGAGACAUUGGCUCAGCCCUCACCCGGAUGUGCAUGCGUCACCGAAGCAUUGAGACCAAGCUUCGGCAGUUCACCAACGCCCUGUUGGAAAGCCUCAUCAACCCCCUGCAAGAGAGGAUUGAGGACUGGAAAAAAACCGCCAACCAGCUAGACAAGGACCAUGCAAAAGAGUACAAACGGGCUCGCCAUGAGAUCAAGAAGAAAUCAUCAGACACACUAAAGCUGCAGAAGAAAGCGCGAAAAGAGCUACUUGGGAAAGGGGAUUUGCAGCCACAGCUGGACAACGCCCUCCAGGACGUAAAUGACAUGUAUCUGCUCUUGGAGGAAACAGAGAAGCAAGCUGUUCGGCGAGCCCUGAUUGAGGAGAGGGGGCGAUUCUGCACCUUCAUCACCUUCCUACAGCCUGUAGUGAAUGGAGAGAUUACCAUGUUGGGAGAGAUCACUCACCUGCAAGGCAUCAUUGAUGACCUGGUGGUGCUGACUGCCGAGCCCCACAAGCUGCCCCCAGCCAGUGAGCAGGUGAUCAAAGAUCUGAAGGGCUCUGACUACAGUUGGUCAUACCAGACUCCGCCAUCUUCCCCCAGCAGCUCUGGCUCUCGGAAGUCCAGCAUGUGUAGCAGUGGUAACAGUACAAAGGGUGGCGCCCCAUGGCCCGGCGGGUCCCAAACAUACUCACCCAGUUCCACCUAUCGCUACCGCAGCCUGGCGCAGCCAGUUAACCCCAGUACCCGCCUCUCCAGUGUCUCCUCCCAUGACUCUGGCUUCAUCUCCCAAGAUGCCACAUACUCCAAACCUCCGUCGCCAAUGCCCUCGGACAUCACCAGCCAGAAGUCCUCCAGCUCGGCAUCCUCUGAGGCUUCGGAAACCUGCCAGUCAGUUAGCGAGUGCAGCUCCCCCACCUCGGAUUGGUCCAAGGCCGGCCCAUAUGACCAGCCAAUGGCAACCACUCUGCAGCGGAGGAAGGACCGAGUAGAACAUCUGAGGGAAGCAGAAGGGGGCCCAGGCAGCGGGAGCUAUCCCAGCAUUGGUGGGGAAGAGACACCUCGACCCAGGAUGUCCCCUGCAACCAUCGCAGCUAAGCACGGUGAAGAGGUCUCUCCCGCUGCCAGUGACCUGGCCAUGGUGCUGACGCGGGGCCUGAGCCUUGAGCACCAGAAGAGCAGCCGGGACUCCUUGCAGUACUCAAGCGGCUAUAGCACACAAACAACCACCCCCUCCUGCUCCGAGGACACCAUCCCCUCUCAAGGUUCAGACUAUGACUCCUACUCUGUGAACGGGGACGUGGAAGUCGAGGGGCAGAGUGAGUUCGACAAGUCUUCCACCAUUCCCCGAAACAGCAACAUUGCCCAGAAUUACCGCCGGAUGAUCCAAACCAAGAGACCCGCCUCCACGGCCGGACUGCCCACAGGCAUGGCCCUGCCUUCAGGUGCCCCGCCAGGCGUGGCCACCAUCCGCCGCACACCCUCCACCAAGCCUUCAGUGCGCCGCACUCUCUCAAAUGCUGGCCCCAUCCCCAUUCGCCCACCUAUUGUCCCAGUGAAGACCCCCACAGUGCCCGAUUCACCUGGUUACACAGGCCCCACCCGGGUGGGCAGCGAGGAGUGCGUCUUCUAUGCUGAUGAUGCUGCCUCAUCCCAUGCCCCUGAUUUUGCGAAGGCCUCCCCCAAACGGCUGAGUCUCCCCAACACUGCAUGGGGCAGCACCUCUCUGGAGGUGGCCAGCUACCCAGGAGCAGGACAGUCUCUCUCAGCUGAGGAGGCUGAGGAAGAGCAGCAGCAGCUGGCAGCCAAUCGCCAUAGCCUGGUAGAGAAGAUUGGGGAGCUGGUGGCAGGUGCCCAUGCUCUGGGAGAGGGGCAGUUUCCCUUUCCCACUACCCUAUCUGGCACCUCAGCGGAAGAGACGCCUCUACCACCCCCUGCCGCUUCGAGUGACCCUCCAGCUGAAGACAUGCUGGUGGCCAUCCGGCGUGGGGUGCGGCUUCGAAGGACCAUCACCAACGACAGAUCUGCCCCCCGCAUCUUGUGAUGUUGCUGCUGCCUCCCCGGCCUCCCAAGUAAGGGAGCCCUCAUGGCUUGGACUGAGCAGCUGGGGCCUCGAGAGAGAGGAGUGAGGAGAGAAAAACAGUCGGGAGCUACAUUAAAUACAAAAGAAAAACAAUAAAGGAGAGAAAAACAAAAGUUUUUAAAAAUAUACAAGGCAAAGCCACUUUAUGGAUAGAGACACAGAAUCUAGAUUAAAAAAUUUAAACGAGAAAAAAACUUCUUUAACAAACCUUGGAAAGGCGGAGCCAUUAGCCUUGAACUCUUCUGGAGUCUCUUUCAUACUUUUCUCACCCCAUCUGUUCCCUUCUCUUCUCCUCAUCUCCUCGCCACCCCUUGCCUUCUACACCUCUUGCCCCUCCCGAGUGAGUGGUCAGGCCUGGAACCAGUAGCUCCACAGCUCCCCCUACGUUCACACCCAUGCACACACACAGAGCUUCCCACAAAAGAAGGAAAUGACUCACGGUCUUUCUCGGACUGCGUUCGUCAUCUCGUCAUCUCGUCCUCCAGCCGGGCCACUAGUCUGAGCCGCGGCUUGGUUCCUCCCUAACUUGCCUUCCCCUUCUCCUUUGUUCUUUCCUUCCUUCUCAAUGUCUCUGCUCUCUCGAUUAGCCAGGACGGCAGGAAAGGGAGAACAUGAGGCCAGUAGCGCCUCAGCGUCAUGGGGCCCACCAGCGGAGGUCUUUUUACUUCAUUUGAGGGAGCAACAAGGUGGCUAGGGCCUGCCAGUAGGCUUCAGGGCCUCACUUUGGAGUCCAUUAUUGCCUUGGCCUCUGUAGCGAUAGGCAAUAUGGCCUCAGGAACAGGAACCCCUGAGACCAAGCCUGUCAGAGGUGCGAGUAACCAGAAGCAGUCCUUGGUCUUAGUAGGGUCUUUUCGAGUCUACACCUUCCUACCACUCAUCAGAUGUAUUGGUGGGCAGAAUUGGUUCUUUCUGGUGGGGAAGGUAGGAGACCUGUAGGAGCUGAGGAAAACACUGGGAAAAGGAAAGCAAUGUCCCAAGUGCUAUGGAGAAACUCGGGUCCAUGGAGGCAGUUGGCAAUGUCUCUGAGGGAACCAGGUCUAAUUGGAGCACCUUGUGACAGUAACUCUGGUGGCACUUUUGGGUCAGUUUCAGCCAUCCUGUCACCCCAACCCAAGACUUGGGGUCGAGGGCUAGAGCUGUACAGAGGGUAUGUGUGUUGGGAGGGGGUGGGGAUUAUUUUGUUAAUAUGAUAAUAAAAUGAAGGCGAUUAUACCUGGGUGAAGAUUGUGUGUGUGAAUGGAAGGUAUGGCUGUGUGUGUGUUGGCGUAAAAGUUGUAUCUCUGCAGAGGGGUGUGUGUGUGUGUGUGUGUGUGUGUGUGUGUGUGUGUGUGUGUGUGUGUGUGUGUGUGCUGUGCACACACGUGUGACAGAAGCAGCUGAACUGUAGCCGUAUGGGCCUUUGGCAGGAAAAGGGAAGUUGUAUUUGUUGUUAGAAAGCCAUGGAGUGGCUGCUAUUCUCUCCAGUGACUGGAGUUUGGCCCAAAAGGUCGGAAGGGCCUGGGGGUCUAAGCUGUAGACCCCUGUGUGGCCCAUGGCAGGGUUAGGGCAGUGAGGGAGGCAGGAGACGGGGGGGGGGUGAUUACUGAAGAUUGGCUUUGACCCUCUGUUGCCAGAGGAGAUGCCAUCCAUGAAGACCCCAUCCGUGGCUCUAGCCUUCCAAGCCUGUGCCAGGAAGCAACAGGGUAGUAGGGUGGGGGUGGCCUUGUCUGCCCCCAUACAGUGCCAAAAUAUGUGCCCUAUUCUAGGGCAGAGGCAGGGGUGGGGGCUCAGGCCGUGGAGAGAGUUGCUACAGAAGCUUCCACCUCUCCUCCCUCUUUGUUCCACCACUCCAUAGUCUAAACAGGGUAAAAAGCAUGUGAGAUUAAGGCGAGAGGAGUGGGUCCUGUACCCAAGAGGAAAGUGUCCAAGGGGACAAAAAGGACUCAGGCUGCGGGCCCAUCACCAUCACCACCAGCUCCCAGAGACAGGGUCUUCAGUGGGUUUGGGAAAGCUGGUUUUUCCUUGUAUCUCAACUGGUUGGGAAUACAUCUGAGCCUCACUCCUCCAUUGCCCUUUGCCUUAGGAGCCCAAAGGCAUCUUUCUUGUGCCAUAAGAUAAAGGGGUCCUUGGAUUCAUGGCAAGAAAACCAAAUUCACCUGAAUUCCCUUCCCUUUUCCAUUGGGCACUUCAAAGGACAUUAUCUAUGCUGGGGGCACAUUUUCUCAGGCUUUGGGGGUGUCCUUUAAACCCAGUCUCAAGAGCCAUCUGAAGCAUUUCUGAGCUAGAAAGCAUGAGGGCAGAGAGGAAGCUGAGGCCCAUGAGCUCUGAGGCUGGAGGUCGAGUGGUGGUGAUGCCGCGUAGCAGGUAUUGAGGAUGGCAAGGGGACAGAGAGCAAAGGUUGCUGAGUAGCCGGUUCGGAAAGCUUUGGGCAGGAGUUUGCUAGGCAGCUGGUGUGAUGGGCCUGGCAUUUUCACAUGUAAGCUGAUGGUUUGCGGUGGUGUGGCAUGUGGGACGUGCUGAGGGCUGCAGCCAGUGAGUGUGGUUGGGGUGGGAAGGGGUGGGGUAGUGUGUGUGCUGAGGGAGGGGGGGUGUAGAGGAGCAGUUUUUUGGUGUAAAAUGAUGGGAAGUAUAAGGGGUUCCUCUUCCUCUGUGCCUUCCCUUUCCCCGCCCCUGUGCUCCCUUAUAUGCCAGGAAAGUCAUUUGACUGCUUUUCAGGGACUUUCAGGGGCCCAUUUGGUCAGAAGAUCCUUGCUGUAGCCUGUGCAAAGGCACCGGUCACUACUCCAAACUAUUUACUUGUCCAACCAUGCUGGAGGAAGGAUACUCUGACCCACUGCCAGGGAGGAUGUGUGGGUGUCAGGUUUUCCACUCUCUCACCCAUUCUCCCUCUUGACCAACAGCGUUAGGGAUGGCUCACUCUGUGGCUGCGGGGCAGAAUUUUCCGCGGGGGGGGGGGACUCCAGCUCUGACCUUGGCCUUGUACUACUUUACUACCCUGAGUUCCUUCUUCUGAGUGUUCCAUGCAAACAGAGAAAAGAUAUACCAUGGCCGCCCCAUUGCUUUUCUCCAGAAUGUCCAGGGACGCUCUUAUCCCUUGGUUAGAGACAGUGGGAGCCUCCUGUCCUCCUGUACGGCUUCAGGUGAGGGCUCUGCUGAGAGGGCUGGCAAGAUACUGGACAGAAUGAAUGCUCUUUCCUCAUUUCAACUCCUAAAGUAACACUUCUCUUUCUCUUGCUCUUUGACCCCUUUCAGUCAGGAAUAAGAAAUGUUCUUUCUUCCAAAAGGAAGAGAAAAGGCCCCCAUCACCCUCUGCAUGCCAUGCUUUCCUGGAGUGAUGAGAUAGGACAAACUAGAGGAGAAGGCAAUGCAGGAGAGAAUCAGGAAAGUCACAGGGCCUUUAAAGAUGCCCCCAAGUACUCCUCCCUAGGCUGAGCCCAUCAUAUCCCCACUGCCCUGGAAGCACCCCUGGUGUUGUAUAUAGAGCUCCAAUUCUGCCCUUGUUUUCGGGCUCUGGCCCAGCCCUGUCAUUAGUGAUUAGUAAUAACCACAUAGGCCCCGGCCCGCCAGCCCUCUCAGACCGGAGCCAACAAUACCACCACACAGACUUUUUUUUUGUUUAGUUUGGGGAUUUGUUUUUAUUGUUCAUUUUGUACAGAGAAAAAUCCCUUUCAAAAGUGUCUUUUGACUGACGUAACUUUUCUGGUGCUGUUGUUAACCUGUUUCUUUUUUUAAUUUAUUUUCCCUUUUGCCCCGUACUUCUGUCUUCCCUUUGGCUCCCCUUUCCUCACCCGCUCCCCUACCCCUCUACCCAGCCAUCGGUUCUUUUUGUUGGUUUGUUUGUUGGACUUUGGACAAAUUAUCCUUUUUCUCCUGCCCCACCAUGAUCCAGCCCUUGAGUUGAAUAGUCACUGCUACAAGUAACAGACGCACUGUGAACACUCCAGUAUUAAUAAAAGCUGUACUGUAAUUAACGAA